AUGCAGCCACGAACACCCUUACUGCGCGCGACCGCGCAAAGGGUACGAUGUCCACUCGAUUUGGGUAGUCGUCGACAGUAUGCUCAGCAUGCGAACACGGGCCAUGGCACUGCACGAAGACGAGCCGCUAUACCACCAUAUCAGAAGAUCUUGCGAGGUUUCGAAGAUGUGCGAUCAGUAUUGGGUGAAUCGCGGAAGCUCACUCUGGCUGAGAAGAUCCUGUACGCACAUCUGGACAAUGUCGAAGAGAGCUUGCUCGAGAACACAAACAACGGCAAAAACAUACGCGGAAAUGCUAAUCUCAAGCUCAAACCUGAUCGCGUUGCAAUGCAGGAUGCCUCAGCCCAAAUGGCAAUACUUCAGUUCAUGACCUGCGACUUGCCCUCCACAGCCGUCCCUGCGAGCAUACACUGUGACCACAUGAUUGUAGGCGAGAAAGGUGCUGACACGGACCUACCCAACAGCAUAGCUGGAAACAAAGAAGUAUAUGACUUCCUAGAAACAGCAGCUAAACGAUAUGGAAUCGAGUUCUGGCCCCCUGGUGCUGGCAUUAUCCACCAGACUGUUCUCGAGAACUAUUCGGCGCCUGGCCUGAUGAUGCUGGGUACUGACAGUCACACCCCAAAUGCAGGCGGUCUAGGAGCCAUAGCCAUUGGAGUAGGUGGUGCCGAUGCUGUGGACGCAUUGGUAGAUGCACCCUGGGAGCUCAAAGCACCGAAAAUCCUAAACGUGCGUUUGGAGGGCAAGCUUAGUGGCUGGGCUAGUCCCAAAGACGUGAUUCUACGGCUUGCCGGUCUGCUGACAGUAAGAGGCGGAACUGGCAGUAUUAUCGAGUACUCAGGGCCUGGUGUAGACACACUCAGUGCGACCGGUAUGGCCACCAUCACAAACAUGGGUGCUGAAGUGGGUGCCACCACAAGUAUCUUUCCUUUCGCUGAAAACCAUGUUCCCUACCUAAAGGCUACCGGACGAUCCUCGAUCAUAGACGCCGUGAAGGGCAUUGCCUAUGGCAACGAGUCAUACAAUUUUCUGCGCCCAGAUUCAGGAUGUGAGUACGACGAGCAGGUCGUAAUUGACCUUUCCACCCUCGAACCCCACAUUAAUGGUCCUUUCACUCCCGAUUUAUCUACACCUCUGUCAAAGUUCAAAGAAGCCGUGGAGGUGAACAGAUGGCCCAAGACGUUUGGUGCUGGCUUGAUUGGCAGCUGUACCAAUAGUUCUUUCGAAGACAUGACAAGAGCCGAGGAUCUGGUCAAACAGGCACAAGCAGCUGGUCUACGGCCCAAGGCUGACUUCUUCAUAACUCCUGGCUCCGAACAAAUUCGAGCAACCUUAGAAGAGAGCUCAACAUUGGACACAUUUUCCAAGGCUGGUGGUACUGUCCUGGCCAAUGCCUGUGGUCCUUGUAUCGGUCAGUGGAAGAGAACAGACGGAGUCAAAAAGGGCCAAGAGAAUGCCAUCCUCUGCUCCUAUAACCGCAACUUUCCUGGGCGGAACGACGGUAAUGGAAAGACCAUGUCCUUCCUCGCUUCGCCAGAAAUAGUUACUGCUAUGGCCUAUUCCGGAUCUACAGAAUUCAAUCCUCUGACAGACACGAUCCCUAUGCCAGGUGGCAAGACCUUCAAGUUUGAGCCCCCAACCGGAAGCCGGUUGCCUGGCUCCGGCUUCGCAAUUGGCAACCCGGCCUUCUUGCCCUCUUCGGCUGAACCAGACUCUAGUGUACAGGUCGUUGUCGAUCCUCAAUCAGACCGGUUAGCCUUGUUGGAUCCCUUCCCACCCUACGGCCAAGGUGAGUUGAAAGGGCUAAAGGUGCUAUACAAAGUCAAAGGGCAAUGCACAACUGAUACCAUCUCUGCAGCUGGGCCGUGGCUGAAGUACAAAGGCCACCUGCCUAACAUUUCUGAAAACACUUUGAUUGGUGCUGUGAAUGCGGAGACAGGUGAGACCAAUGUGGCCUACGAUGCUGAUGGGACGAAUAUGUCUAUCCCUGAAUUGGGCAAAAAAUGGAAGCAACAAGGGCAGCAGUGGAUUGUGGUAGCUGAGGACAACUACGGUGAAGGAUCAGCAAGAGAGCAUGCUGCUUUACAACCUCGUUAUCUGGGUGGUCGUAUUAUCCUCGCCAAGUCAUUUGCACGAAUCCAUCAGACCAACCUGAAAAAGCAAGGUGUGAUACCUUUGACGUUUACGCAGAAAGAGGACUACGAUAAGAUCUCUGCCAAUGAUGAGAUAGAGACCAGCGGACUUUGGGACGUGCUGCAAAACGGUGGAGAGGGUCAUAUCAAGAUACUGGUUCACAAAAGAAGUGGUGAAGUUGUCGAAAUUCCUGUGGAACACACUCUCAGUAAGGAUCAAUGCGGAUUUGUAUUGGCUGGAAGUGCGCUGAACGUCCUCGCUAAAAAGACCAAGCCUGCAGCUGAGCAACCUACAACAGAUUCAUGA